GUAUUGUGAAUAGAAUCAUAAAGCUGGUAUUGUGAAUCGAAUCGUGAAGCUGGUAUUGUGAAUCGAAUCACAAAGCUGGUAUUGUGAAUCGAAUCAUGAAGCCGGUGCCAGGACUGUAUCAUUACACCCCUAAUAUUGCGGAUGGGUUCCCUUUCGAGUCUGUUUCGUGGAUAGAUUUCUUCCUCAUGUCCUCUCAGGGAGUUUUUUCCUUGCUCAUUGUAGGGAUAAAUCGAUAUCUCUAUCCAGACACGGAUAUUCUGUAAAGCUGCUUUGUGACAGUGUUAAAGCGCUGUAUAAAUGCAGUUGAACGGCAGUGUGGACCGGUUCGGUUCGGUUCGGUGUAGUGCGCUGUUGUUGUGAGAUGAGGAGCCGUUUGUAAAUAAAGCGCCGGUUUCCCAAGAGCUCGUGUUGCGUUUCGGUGGUGACGUGUGUCUCCAGAGCCCACCCGCUUUGCGACACUGCACAGCACAACAACACGGAGCCGGGGCGAGACCGAGCCAAGGAGGCACCCGUCGCCCAAAUCCAUCAUCGCUAUGGGAAUUACAGCACCAGCGCAAAGCGAAAGGCUUCUGACGGUUCCCAGCUCGUCCAUCUCCCUCAGACUCAGUAUAAAAAGGGGAAUGGAGUUACUAGCACUUGCCAGAAACUGUCUAGUCAGGAAGCGGUGCAUAAUGCAGAGCUCGUGCUGAUCCUGAGGUGAUCCUCCUUCAUUAGGGAAAGGUCUCUCUCUCUCUCUCUCUCUCUCUGGACCUGGCCAUAUUCUCCUCAGAACUGUUGGAGUCUACGGAGCUAAAACAAGAACAACAAACAAACAAACAAACAAACAAAAGACAACAAUGUCCAUCACUUGGACGCUAACGCUUCUCUAUACUCUGCUUGGUGACAUCUUGGUCCAGGCUUUAACCUCCAGCUCCGGCACAGAGGGCUCUCUAUCCUCCCGUCACUAUCGCCACAUCGACCCUGCCACCGGUAGCCAGCUUAUGUGCGACAAGUGUCCAGCGGGCACGUACGUGUCGUCUCACUGUACCAAUAGCACUGUGCGAGAGUGCACCGAGUGCCCAGGAGGCACAUUCACACGGGGUGAGAACGGUGUUCAGCAGUGCCACCGCUGCCGAAGUCACUGCCAAGCUCCUUUAGUCGAGAAAUCUCCUUGCACAGCUACUACGGACCGCACGUGUGUGUGCCCGCCUGGCACUUCCGCCGAGCACGUGGAGUGCCUCCACCACCCUCUGUGCCUGCCUGGUUGGGGUGUGCGGAAGCAGGGGAGCAAGUUAGAGGACGUGCGCUGCCGCAGAUGUCCGCGUGGCACCUUCUCUAACGUGCCGUCACGUGUGCUGAGGUGCCGAACGCACACCGACUGCCAGGCGCUAGGAAUGCUGCUGUUGCUCGACGGCACCGACAAGACGGACAGUGUGUGUGGAACCUCGUCGCUAGGCCCGGUCUCGUCAUCCUCACGCAGCAGCGACCCUGCACUCGGAGCAGCAGCUGCAGAAUUAACAACUCCACAGACUACCCUAGUCAUGUCGGACAUUCUGACCCCCACAAGCCCCUCGGAUGAAGCAGUAGUCCUGAAUUCUCCCACACCGGAUCCCGUGCCAUCAUGGAAUCUCCUGCCGGCGAAUCAGCGAGCUCUAUCGGAAAAGAAGAACCAGGGUUUGUCCUACAGACCCAUCAGGAGAGGCUCGCCUCGGCCAAGCAUGCACAAGCACUUUGACAUCAACGAGCACCUGCCCUGGAUGAUCGUGCUGCUCCUGUUGCUGUUUCUCGUGGUGAUUGUGGUGUGCAGUGUUAAACGCAGCUCACGGCUGCUAAAGAAAGGGCCCAGGCAGGACCCCAGCAGCAUCAUGGAGAAAGCCAUUCACACCAAGCCCAGCUCUCCUGCCGGGAACAGCAAGGAGAAGUGGAUCUACUACUCCAACUGCCAGGGUGUUGAUAUUCUAAAAUUGGUGGCAGCCCAGAUUGGCAGCCAGUGGAUUGACAUGUACCAAUCCCUGGCUAAUGCUAACGAGCGGGAAGUGGCUGCCUUCUCCAAAGGCUACACCGCUGACCAUGAGCGGGCAUACGCCGCCUUGCAGCACUGGACCAUCUGCGAUAGUGAUGCCAACCUGGCCAAGCUGAUAAACGCCCUCCAUCAUCACCGGCGCAUCGAUGUGGUCGAGAAGAUCCGCGGUGUCAUGGAAGACAACCCUCAGUUUGAUCUGAACCAGUUGACGAUGUCUGUGAAUGUAAGCCAAGGCGCCAGCCCCAGCCAUAAGCCUCUGGAUGCACUGGGAUUGGUAGUGGAGCACUCUCCACUGGACCGCACCAAAGGCUUCUUCCCUGACGAGUCUGAGCCGCUGCUGCGCUGCGACUCCACCUCCAGCAAAGACUCCGCCCUGAGCCGCACAGGCUCUUUCAUUACCAAAGAGAAGAAGGACACAGUUUUGCGGCAGGUGCGCCUCGACCCAUGCGACCUACAGCCCAUUUUCGAUGACAUGCUGCACAUCCUUAACCCAGACGAGCUGCACGUGAUCGAGGAGAUACCUACGGCCGAGGACAAGCUGGAUCGUCUGUUUGAGAUCGCCGGAGUCAAGAGCCAAGAGGCCAGCCAGACGCUGCUCGACUCCGUGUACAGCCACUUGCCUGAUCUCCUAUAGACGCGUCUCUGUUCGUUGCUGCUAACAGACAUCGAAUGAACAAGACGGAGAGCAAGAGAAGGACAGACAAACAACCGUGCACAAUCCGUCACGUCCUUCUGGAAAAGUCACACAAGGGUCGCUAAGCAUAUUAAAAGCCAUGGCUAGCCAAAUGUAGCUUUCGUGCGUUGUCCUCGUUACACUUUGGAGCGUCUUUUUUGUUUGUUUGAUUAUAGUCCUAAAUUCAUAUUGCUGUAACAUUCCAGCAUCUUUACUAGUCAACAAUGUCUGAAACUAAUGCACAUUAAUUGAGUGAUUGACACUUUAGUUAGGCUCAAGCUUAGAUCCUACAGCAUUCUGCCAGAAUGUGCUGCAACCCCAAUUCAGUACAAGUUGGGACAGUAUUGCAUAGCUUUUUUGAAAAUAAUCAUUUACUUAUUUAUAAUUGAUGGAUGCAGCACGUUCCAAAAAAAAGUUGGGACGGGGCGAAUUAGGACUCGUAGUGAUGUGUGAAGUUGAAAUAAGAAGGUGAUGUGAAACAGGUGAGGUGAUCGUAUAAUCAUAGUAUAUAAGGAGCCUCCAAAAAAGACAGAGUCCUUCAAUAGCGAGGACGGGUCGAGGCUCACCGAUCUGCCCACAGAUGCGUCAGUGAAUAAUCCAACACUUUGAGAAGAACAUUCCCCAAAAACACAUCAGUAGGAUUUUGGGCGUUUCACCUUCUAUAGCGCACGAUAUAAUUAAAAUAUUCAAGGAAUCCGGUCAAAUCUCGGUACGUAAAGGGCGAGGCUGAAAACCGCUUCUGAAUGCGCGUGAUCUCCGCUCCCUCAGACGUCACUGUCUUACAAACCGUCACGAGUCUGUAAUGGAGAUCCUGACAUGGGCUCGGGAAUACUUUGGUAAACCUUUGUCAGUCGACACCAUUCGCCGCUGCAUCCACAUUUACUAUGCAAAGCAGAAGUCGUACAUCAACACUGUCCAGAAGCUCCGCCCACUUCUCUGGACUCGGGCUCAUCUGAGAUGGACAGUGGCACAGUGGAAUCGUGUUUUGUGGUCCGACGAGUCGACAUUUCAAAUAGUUUUUGUACAAAACAGCCGUCGUGUUCUCCGGGCCAAAGAGGAAAAGGACCAUCCAAGCUGUUAUCGGCGUCAGGUCCAAACGCCAGCGUCUGUCAUGGUAUGGGGGCGUGUCAGUGCCUAUGGUAUGGGGGCGUGUCAGUGCCCAUGGUAUGGGGGCGUGUCAGUGCCUAUGGUAUGGGGGCGUGUCAGUGCCUAUGGUAUGUGGGCGUGUCAGUGCCCAUGGUAUGGGGGCGUGUCAGUGCCCAUGGUAUGGGGGCGUGUCAGUGCCCAUGGCAUGGGUAACUCACACAUCUGUGAGGGCAGCAUUAAUGCAGAAAGAUAUGUACACAUUUUGGAGCAACAUACGCUUCCGUCCAGAGCAGGACAACGCUAAACCACAUUCCGCCCGGAUUACAAGCGCAUGGUUGCGUAAGCAGAGAGUGCGGGUGCGAGCAUGGCCUGCUGCAGUCCUGACCCGUCUCCCAUUGAGAACGUGUAGCGCAUUAUGAAGCGCAAAAUAAGGCAACGAAGUCCCUGUAGAGUUACACAGCUGAAGAAAUGCAUAAUGGAUGAAUGGGGAAAAUUCCGCUCGCUAAACUUAACCACCUGGUGUCUUCACUCAGCGCCCAAACGCUUAAUAAGUGUUAUUAAAAGAAAAGCUGAUGUUACACAGCGCUAAACAGUCGACUGUCCCAACUUUUUUGGAGUGUGUUGCAGUCAUCACAUUUGAAAUGAGUGUAUAUUUUCAAAAAGAAAUUAAAUUCACAAAGUAAAAUAUCAAAUAAUGUGUUAAUAAUGUGUUUUUGAUAUAGUACAGAGUGAGCUGAAUUUUCUAAUGAGUCUUUUUGUUUUUUUUUCUUUCCAUUUUCCAUACUGUCCCAACAUUUUCAGAAUUGGGGUUGUACCUUAAACCCCGUUUUGUCUCCGCAUUUAUUAUGAAUACUGCGAUUUGUAUAAGAAGGAUUUCCAAUGUGAAUGUAUGGGCAUUGAACAGCAGCUACCGGCUGCCACGUCACAACCUCACGUGACUAAAGUUAUGCACUCUACUUGAAUUGGUCUAUCAACCUGUGGAUACACUUCUCCAGGAAAUGAACCACAAACAUGCUUGAUAGAUUAAUUAAGAAUAGAAGAAGCAACACUUACUCGGCUAACUUGCUGUUUGGAAAGAUCCAGGAGGCCAGUUACACCCUACUGAAUUCUGACUACAGAUAAAAGGAACAGAUAAACACGUACACAUGCACAGUCCCUGAAAACCUGCCAUGUUGUCUGUCUGCGGUCACGCCGGGGGUCUCUACACUGCUACUCCACCGUAACCUUCACGCCUGGUCUGUACACUGUACCACCUGUUAAACUGCAGUAUGUCCAGGGUCUGAGUCAAAGCAUUCAUGGUUAACCCUAACCCCUGAUUCUACACCGUUCUCCCACAAUGCCGCUGCAGCUGCGUAGAACGAGUUGAAUUUAAAGGGUCAUGACUGAAGACUUGGACGUUUUUAAUAUUCUGCUCGAGUUGGUCUCUCGAUGUGUAGAUGUGCCGAUAAACACCAACUGUACGUUGAUCCUUUUAAUCGAGCCCCCAGUUCAGAAGACGCAGAAGCAAUGCUGGGACCUGAAAGUUUAUACGCCCAUAGAAAGUAGUUUUGUUGAUUAUAUUUCAGUACAUAUGUCGUAUGCGGAAUCUUAUCUAUUAAUCUGAAUGAUCAUACCUCCUAACAUCUGAUGACCUGGUGCACAGGGCUACGUGACCUUCAGGUGACUGUCAAGGUGAAGUACGCUUUGUGGAAGUGUUGAAGACUUCCGCUGGAUGAUAAUCAAUGGAUAGAAGCGCGAGCAUAGUAUCAAACGGUGUCAAAAGUACAGUAUGAACAUCAUAUUCCAGUCACAGGUUUAAAACAUGUAACCAGUAUAUUUACAGGUAUGUAAGACAGGAGAUUGAUGACUGACCGAUUAAAAUGAAAACGUUUGUUACUGUAUUGUGUUUUAUUGUGUGUUCUGCGUCAAACCGAAUCCUCAUGCUCACUGAAAACGCUUUGAACCCAGGCAGUGUUCACCCAAGCAGCUGGGUGUCGGAGAAGACCACAGGGGUACGGGUAUGGGUAUCCACCCAAUAACCCUUGGAGACCCACGUUUACAGUACACGUCAGUAAACGGACUGGAGUUACUAGACUUUUUGGCUUGCUCUUUGUCUAUAUUUAUUCCUAUUGUUUAUGGCAGUUAAUAAAAACUCUAUCUCUCGUACGGAAUAGUUUUAGAACUUAAAAUUAAAUAUAACGUAAAACAAAGGUGACCUGAGUAAACACACCAAUUCAGUUUUAUUUAUUUAUUUGCUUGUUUGUUUAUUUUAUUGAAGCAAAAAUGGCCCCUUUAAGCUUAAAAUCAGCAGCAACAACUGCAACCAAACGUGUCCGAUACCUGGAGAUCGGACUUUCACGGCGCUGUGGUGGGAUUCUGUCUCGCUCUACUUCUUACCAGAAGCCAAAAAGAAUGGAGUUUCCACCGUGUUCAGCGUUGACUUUAUUUCCGACGUCACACUCCACAGUCGUGGUGAAUGGCUCAUAUGAACGUAGACAUACAGCGCUUUAAGUGUUUUGUAGUUUUUUGGGUUUUUUUUUUUUUACCUAGCCUACUACAGUAGGUUUAAAUGUUCGGAUUUUAUCGUGGUGCUUGUAUACGGUGUUUUACUAUUCUUUUUUUUUUUUUUUUAGAAUAAUAAAAAAAGCAAGCUCGAGUUGUGCUGAUGUCUGUACCUGUUAACACAGGUGUAGAGGUGUGAAUUGUUUGACCAGCAGGGGGCUCUCACGCCUCCGUUUUCCCAUCAGAUAAACCCAGAGUCACAGAUAGUGUACACACAGAAACCCAACCCAGUCCGGACUCACCUUUAUAACAGACCUGCAGUGAUCCCAAUAAUUCAUUUGUUUACACUGUUGUGUGUACGCGUGUGUACUGGUAGAAAGGGUUAAGGAAGAUGAUUUGUGUUGGACUCCAGUCGCAAUAACAUCGGUUUUUUUUUCUGUAAAAUUUAAUAAAAAUGACUCAUUUUCAUAAAUGCACCAGAUUUUUUGCACCUGU